CUAGAAUCGCUUCCGUUGUUUUCUUUUUCUUUCUUUCCUUCCGAAUCUCCUCCAUCUCUUUCCUUUGUAUUCUCUUACUAUCCGGGGGGCUAUAGACGGGAACUGGGAACUGCCGCGAGGCAGACAACUGUAUCCAUAUUGUAUUGGGCGCAACACUUAGAUGAUGAUGUUAUGUUUUGAUUUUCUGCCUGUUUUUUCCGAUUACUGUUUUUUCUUUUCUUUUCUUUUUCGAUUUUUUCUUCUUUCUCUUGUCUCUCUCGCGAAGGUGUUUAACUGGCUGUAUUUUCUGGGCACAUUGUUCUUCACGUCUUUCUUUUCUUUUCGUUUUCGUUUUCGGCGGGGUGUUCUCGCGUUUGCUUUUUGGUGCGGGUUCGGAAGGGGUUUUUCUUUUUUCUUUUUCUUUCUUGCUCUGGCGAUUCUUCGUUCGAAAGGGGGUAGCGGGGGGUGGGUUGGGUCGUGUGGGUUUGGCUGGGCUGGGUUGGGAUGGGUUGUGUGGGUUGGGUCGAAUUGGGUUUGUGUGUGUGUGUGUGUGUGUGUGUGUGGGUUGGUUUGCUCGAGAAGUAGAGUACUCUACAGCUACAGUGCGCAUGAGAUAUCGAUGGGGGCCAAGUCUUGAUUGGCCGAAACGGUGUUUUUUUUUCUUUUAUGAACUGAACAGAUUUUUUCUUCUACUUCCGCUUCUUCUACUUCUAUUUGGGAGACUGUGCAUGUGCUGUAUGUCUGGGUUGAGCU